AGCAAACAAGCACAAACCCUGGAUUGAAGCUGAGUAUCAAGGCAUCGUCAUGGAGAAUGACAACACAGUCUUGCUCAACCCACCGCUAUUUGCACUGGACAAAGAUGCUCCACUGCGCUAUGCAGGUGAAAUCUGUGGCUUCAGGAUCCAUGGAGCAGGGGUACCUUUUGAAGCUGUGAUCCUGGACAAAGCCACAGGUGAGGGGUUGAUCCGGGCCAAGGAACCGGUGGAUUGUGAAGCACAUAAGGAGCACACAUUCACCAUCCAGGCUUAUGACUGCGGAGAGGGACCUGAUGGAGCAAAUACCAAGAAAUCACACAAGGCCACGGUGCAUGUUCGAGUAAAUGAUGUGAAUGAGUUUGCUCCUGUCUUUGUGGAAAAGUUGUAUCGUGUGGCAGUGACUGAGGGAAAGCUGUAUGACCGCAUCUUGCGUGUGGAGGCCAUUGAUGGAGACUGCUCACCACAGUACAGCCAAAUCUGCUACUAUGAGAUCCUGACCCCCAAUAUUCCCUUUCUGAUUGACAAUGACGGGAACAUUGAGAACACGGAGAAGCUGCAGUACAGUGGAGAUCGUCUCUACAAAUUCACAGUGACGGCCUAUGACUGUGGAAAGAAGCGGGCUUCUGAUGAUGCUGAAGUGGAAAUCCAGGUGAAACCCACCUGCAAGCCCAGCUGGCAGGGCUGGAACAAGAGGAUUGAGUACACACCAGGUGCAGGCAGUCUUGCGCUCUUCCCCAACAUUCACCUGGAGACCUGCGAUGAGCCCCUGUGGAACAUCCAGGCCACGGUGGAGCUGCAGACAAACCAUGUGGCCAAGGGCUGUGACCGGGAUAACUACUCUGAGAAGUCACUACGCAAACUCUGUGGUGCUGCCUCAGGAGAGAUUGACCUGCUGCCAGUGCCCAGCCCCACGGCAAACUGGACUGCCCGGCUCUCAGUGCACUACAGCCAGGACAGCAGCCUCAUCUACUGGUUCAAUGGCAGCCAGGCUGCCCAGGUGCCUGUGACGAACGGGCUGAACGCCCGCGAGGGGCUGAGCGACCACUUCACCCUGUCCGUAUGGAUGAAGCAUGCUGUGGUGCCUGGUAAAGGCAGGCGGGAAGAGGAGAUGGUGAUCUGCAGUACAGUGCAGAGCGAGGACGGCUACUCGCAUUACUCUCUGUCUGUGCAUGGCUGCCGGAUCGCUUUCCUCUACUGGCCAUUGCUGGAAAGUGCGAGGCCUGUGAAGUUCCUCUGGAAGCUUGAGCAGGUCUGUGAUGAUGAAUGGCACCAUUAUGCCCUCAACCUGGAGUUCCCCACUGUCACACUCUACGUGGAUGGUGUCUCUUAUGACCCUGCCCUUAUCCACGACAACGGCCUCAUUCACCCUCCGCGGCAGGAACCCUCACUCAUGAUUGGAGCCUGCUGGACCGAGGAGAAAAACAAAGAGAAAAUCAAAGGAAAUGAGAACUCCACUGAUACUCUACAAGGAGAUCCUCUGUCGAUCCACCACUACUUCCAUGGUUACUUGGCUGGCUUCACUGUGCGCCCUGGUAGCUUGGAGGGCCGGGAGGUUAUUGAAUGCCUGUAUGCCUGCCGUGAGGGUCUUGAUUACAGUGACUUCGACAGUCUGGGCAAAGGGAUGAAGGUUCAUGUGAACCCCUCUCAGUCCCUGCUCACCUUGGAGGGCGAUGAUGUGGAAACCUUCAACCAUGCAAUCCAGCAUGUGGCUUACAUGAAUUCCUUGCGCUUUGCUACCCCUGGAGUCCGGCCACUCCGGCUUACCACUACCGUCAAGUGCUUCAGUGAAGAGUCCUGUGUCUCCAUUUCUGAUGUGGAAGGUUAUGUUGUUGUGCUACAGCCUGAUGCCCCCCAGAUCCUGCUGAGUGGCAAUGCCCACUUUGCUCAUCCUGCAUCAGACUUUGAGGCUGCUGAUGGGGUCCCCUUGUUCCCCAAUCUCCAGAUCACCUGCUCUAUUUCUCACCAAGUGGAGACCAAGAAGGAUGAGAAUUGGCACGGUACCGUGACAGACACACGAAUGUCAGAUGAGAUUGUGCACAACCUGGAUGGGUGUGAGAUCUCAUUGGUAGGAGAUGACUUGGACCCAGAAAGAGAGUAUCUGCUCUUGGAUAGGGCAUUGCUGCAGCAGAGGGGCCUGGAGCUUGUCAACACCUCUGCCUACCUGACCAUCACAGGUGUGGAGAGCAUUGCAGUUUAUGAGGAAAUACUACAUCAGGUCUCAUACCACAUCAACCAUGGUGCUGCUCUUUAUGAAAGGAAGUUUCACCUGUCCUGCACUGAGAUGAAUGGACGCUACUCCAGCAAUGAGUUUACUGUUGAGGUGAAUGUCCUCCACAACAUGAACCGAGCUGCUCAUCCUAACCACAUUCUGAGUUCCCAGCAGUUCAUGCACCGAGACCAUCAUUUACCUGCAGAGCUAUCUGGGCAUAACUUGGCAAGCAUCCAUAACAAUCCAGUGGUCCCCAGUGCUGCUACUGUCAUCAUUGUGGUGUGUGUGGGAUUCCUGGCACUCAUGGUGAUCCUUGGCAUCCUGCGCAUUCACUCCCUGCACCAGCGAGGAGUGGGGCAGGAGGUCCCUGGGGCUGCUGAAGGAGGGCACACGAGCACCGGAGGCAAAGAGAGUCACAUGUUCUGGGACGACUCAGCCCUCACUAUCAUAGUCAACCCCAUGGAGUCCUACCAGAGCUGCCAGGAGAGGGCAGCAGAAAGCAGCGACGGCAGAGCUAGUGAGGGCAUGGAGAAUGAAGAUGACACCACCGACUCGGAGACACCCGACUCCCUCAUCAGCAAUGAGGUGGAUGAUCAACACAUCAUCGCCAAAAGCGACAGCUCACACUGCUACUAG